GAAAAUUCGGCCGGGUAGCAUCGGUUUUAUUACCGGGCGAUUUCCUUUCUGGGCUUGGUGUAUCAACUUUCAGUCCACCGCCGGAGAUUUUUCCCGCCUCUGCAGCAAAGCAAUGUUGAAGGCAAAAGGUCUGAGGAAGGCGGUAGUGCCGCCCGCUCUCAUCGGCGAUCCUUCUCCCGGGAACCUCCAGCCCACUCGUCUCGCCCUCCAUGUUAGUCCAGAUGGUUCUUCCUGCUAUGUCUUCAUCGCUUCCGGUUCCCGCGUUUUUAAACUCCAGAUUUCCAUGGAAGAAUCAUCAGUCGUCGAGGGAAAAGAUAGCUUACUGAUUCCUGUACAGACAAAGGUUCUAGACUCUUUAUUGCUGAAUCGCUGUCCUCAUCGCUCAGAGAUCCAGAGCUUGGUCCUGGCUGAAGUUGAUAGAUCCAAUGACCUCUUACUGGGGACAGUUGACUCCUAUGGUCACCUCAUUGUUUCUAAGUUAGACGCCACUGGCAAAGAUGCAGACAGGUUUACGUAUUCUGUACUCCCUCAAAAUUCAGGUCUUGGUGAGGGCAGUUGGGCAGGAUUAUGCUUCAGUCCAAGUGAAAUGUUCACGGCAGCUGUUGCUCAUAGCUUUGGCAGAACUGUUGAUAUUUAUGACCAGGAUGUCCAUGUUCGAACAUUACGCACACUCUGGUAUCCAACUGCAUUGACCUUUAUUCAGAAUCUUUCUUCUGAGGAUGGAAGUUCUAUAUUAGCUGUCACCGAAGGUUGUCAGUUGACGAUAUGGGAUUUGAGAAUGAAAGAAAACGGUGGUUGUGUGCAAAGAAUCUGUGGCUCUGUAGGUGAUAACUUUUAUGCUGUCUGCACAUCCUCAAAUGGUAAUAUUGCAGUGGGUGGGGCUGAUCGAACUGUAACAAUCUAUGAUCCUCGAAGGUGGUCAGCAUUAACAAGAUGGGUUCACUGCUCGAAGUAUGAGAUUACGGGACUGGCUUUCUCAUCAAUUGACUCCGAUUACAUUUAUGUCCAGGGAGUUGACUAUGAGGUUUUCUGUGGUCAGUGGAAAGAAAGCAAGAAAGUAUUUUCAUUAAGAGGAGACUCAAAUUGGCUUGGGUUUAGUAAGAGCUGCAGGAGGGAUGUCUUAGGCGGAUGGUGUGAUUCAGGUAGCAUCUUCUUGACAGAUGUUGCCAAUGACAGCAAAGCGGACACUUCAAAUGGCUUCGUCAAUGGCCUUUCCUGAGUCCAUCUUCUGCUGUCUUCUCUUAACGGUACUCUUCCUCCUGAUAUCAAUAAUUUUAAGUUAGUACUGAAGCAGCUAGUUAGGUUUUAGUCAAACAAUCCUUUGAUUUAUUUCCCAUCAGAAUGCUUAUUAUUCAAUGCACUGUCUACUAGUACUGAUCCAGCAGUUUGCUUUAUACAUUGUUAGGUGAUUCUAGUACCCUUGCACAUGAGGUAAACCCUUACUCCACAUAUUAUUUAAGCAACCUCAUAAUAAUUGUUGUUACGGUAGAAA